AAAAAAAGUUGAUCCAACAUCAUCAAAAAAACUCUCUUUCUUCAACAUGUACGAAAAAAUAGAAAUACAGACUGAAAAUAAAUUCUCUCAGCUUGUUCACGGUCAAAACAUUGUAAUCAUACCAGAAUUCACACUUUGUUCUGGACAUACUUUAUAUAAAGUACCCGUAGCGUACAAAACAUGGGGAGCUCUUAACGACAAUAAAGAUAAUGUUAUGGUAAUUUGUCAUGCACUUAGUGGAAGUUCUGACGUACAAGACUGGUGGGGACCACUGAUUGGGAAAGGAAGGGCAUUUGAUCCCACAAAAUUUUUCAUAUUUUGUGGUAAUGUGCUUGGUUCACCUUAUGGAACUGCUUCACCCGUUACUAUUAAUCCGGAAACUGGAAAGUAUUAUGGACCAGAGUUUCCUUUGACAACACCGCAGGAUGAUGUUAGACUUCAUAAAUUGAUUCUUGAUUCAUUAGGAAUUAAUCAAGUUGCUAUUUGUAUUGGAGGUUCGAUGGGUGGUAUGCAAAUACUUGAAUGGUCUUUUUUUGGACCAGAAUAUGUUAAAACUCUCGUUCCAAUUGCUACAUCUGCUCGUAAUUCGGCCUGGUGUAUCAGUUGGAAUGAAGCCCAAAGACAAUCUAUUUAUAGUGAUAUUAAAUAUCGCGAUGGAUAUUAUGAUCAAAAUGAUCCUCCCGCUUCCGGACUUUCUGCUGCUAGGAUGUCGGCAUUAUUAACUUAUAGAUCACGAGAUUCUUUUGAAUCAAGAUUUGGUCGAAAGUUUCAAGAUCCAAAAAAACAUCCAACAGUAUCAAAUUCACAAAAAAAAACAUCAUUAUCACCUGCAGAAAAAGCUUUACUCAUACAUAAUGAUGGACAUAAAAGUGAAAAUUUUUCUAUAACAAAUAAUAAUAACAAAACAACUGAUGCAGAAAAUAAUGAUAAUGAACAUUCAACAAAAUCUGUCCCUCAUGUUUUUUCAGCACAAUCUUAUCUUCGUUAUCAAGGUGAUAAAUUUGUUAAUAGAUUUGAUGCUAAUUGUUAUAUUAAUCUUACUAGAAAAAUGGAUAGUCACGAUAUAGGAAAAGAUCGUGGUAAAUUGGAGGAUGUCUUAAAUAGCAUUCAACAACAAACCUUGGUUAUUGGAAUUGAAUCGGAUGGAUUAUUUACAAUAUCAGAACAAUAUAAAUUAGCGGAAUUUAUUCCAAAUUCAGAGAUGGUUACGAUUCAGUCACCGGAUGGGCAUGAUGGAUUUUUAUUAGAAUUUGAUCAAAUAAAUAGACAUUUAGUUCGUUUUAUUAAUAAAUUUCUUCCUGAAAUUUCAGAGAAAGAAUUAUGUAAUAUUAAAGACGUUGAAGGAUUUGAGGGUGAUAAACAAGAUGAUGAUGGGAAAAUUAAAGCUACUAAAGAAAGUUUAUUUGGUGAAGCUGAAGUAGUGAAAUGGUGAUGAUGAUUUUUUAUUUUCAACUUGAAAAUUAAAAUUAAGAACGAUAGAUACAAUAUUUUAGUUAUCUCUAUAUUAAUUUUAUUAGAAAAUUUAGUUAUUUUCAUUUUAAUUAUUUUAGUGAUAACAAAAAUAUUAACAACAUUAUUUUAUUCAUUAUAGUUUUUAUCUUUUUCAAUAUAAAUUCGAAAUUAAAAUAGUUCUUUCAAACAUUUAUAUAUAUAAACACAAUUUUUAGAAUAAAACAAAUUAAACAUUAUCAAGCAUUUUAUCCUCUUUUUUUUUAUUUUAUUAAACAUU